CGUCAGUUUCAGUCUCGCAAAGCUCCUCCCUCGGAAAACUUCUCCCCGCUCUGGCAGCACUUUUCCUCAGUCACCUGUGGUGGCUUUUCUUCUCGUUUCGAUGUGUGUGAAAAACUAGUCGGCUCAACCUGCAGUCGGGAAGAUAGCUUCAGUUGGUCGCGAGGUGUUUGCGUUGUCGGUUGUUUUUUCGCUCGAAGCGCGAUGCGAGCGUUCGGCUAAUGCUAUACCAUAUAGUGCUAUAUACUAACCAAGGAGUGAAAUUCGGUGAAAAUCGAAAGAUACUGCCAGGAUAUGGCAGCCAAAAUGUAUUCAGUUCUCCCCUCGCUGGCGAUUUUCGGGCUUAUUGCUUUGAGCCGAGCGGCGAAGACGGGGCAACAAGUGCAAGGAGGCAGCAACUCCGGCAGCUGUGCGUUUCACACGCUCGAUGGAGUCGCCGCGGAAAGCGAAGGUGUCCGCUUCAUUCGACUGCGGGAAGAUGCCCCCGUGGGCAAGGAGAUCCUCCGGCUGCAGGCCUAUCCGAGAUCCACCGCCUCCCUGAAGGGAGCCGACGUCAGUGGGGACCACAAGUACUUCAACCUCACGGAGCACAACUCCACCACGGUGGUGGUCACCCUGGCCCGCUCUUUGGAGCGACUCGUCGAUCGGGAUGUCCCCCGGAACCUGCUCAAGUUCCGCAUCCUGUGCGCCGGAAAGCAGGAGAAGAUCGAGGAGGGUAGCUACCUAUCCAUCACAGUUUACAUUGAGGAUGUGAACGACAAUGCCCCGGAGUUCCUGAACGUGCCCUACGUGGUCGAUGUGGAUGAGAACACCUCCGUGGAGAGCAUAAUUUUCGAGGGAGUUCAGGCCUUCGAUCGCGAUAAGCCCAACACUCCGAAUUCCGAGGUGCACUUCAGCAUGUCCACGGUGCCGGAACAACUUUCGGCAGAUGGCAGUCCAUACUUUGCCCUGAAAAGCCACCAUCGACCACUGCUCAUCCUGAAAAGAGAACUGGACUUCGAUAAUGGCAUUCGGCAGUUCAAGCUGCCAAUCUUCGCCUGGGAUCGUGGAACUCCAGCCAACCAGGCAAACACCACAAUAACAAUCAAUGUUCGGGAUGUGGACGAUCUGCCACCGAAAUUUACAGAAGGUGUUUAUCGCACCAGGAUCAAUGAAUUCUACCCGAUGACAGGAGCGCCCAUUAGGAUACCCCUCUACUUUGCUCCUCCCAUAAUGGCAUUCGAUCAGGAUUCACUGAAUGCUUCACUUGUAUACGAUAUCAUUUCGGGAAACGAAAGACAACUGUUUCGAGUAAAUCCCCACAAUGGAGUGAUGUAUCUGCAGAAGGAAAUCGAUUUGGAGGAGGAGAGUCUGCCGGGAAAUACUUUUGUUCUCCAGCUAGAAGCACGGCAGAAGGAUAAUCCUUUGAAGAAAGCACUAGCACGCAUUGAAGUGGAGGUUCUGGAUCUGAAUGACAAUGUUCCCGAGUUUGAAGCUGAUUUCUACAACAUUUCCAUUGUGGAGAACCUUCCCACUGGCUUCAGUGUCCUGCAGGUUAAUGCCGUGGAUCGGGAUCAGGGCGAGAACUCGGAGUUUCUGUACAAUCUGGUGGAGACUAAAGAUGCAGCAGGAGCUUUUCGAAUUGAUUCUAGAACAGGUUGGAUAACCGUGCGCGAUGAUCGAUUAUUGGAUCGUGAGCAGCGAAGAUCUAUCCAACUAAAUGUGGAGGCAUUAGAAAGGAAUCCCUCUUAUUUGGAUGAUAAGCACUUAAAGAAACCAGGACCCAGUAAGGUUCUAGUGGAGAUCACCCUGCUCGAUACGAAUGAUAAUACCCCAAAGUUCGAACGUGGGAAUCUGUAUGAGUUCAAGGUGCCCAUAAAUGCUCCCACGGGUUAUGUAAUUGGUCAGGUGGUUGCCCACGAUCCGGAUGACGGUCCCAAUGGUCACCUGUUAUAUGAACUUCAACGUCCAAAAGGCAGUGGUUACAUUCCCUUUCGGCUGGACAACAAGAACGGAACUAUUUAUGUGGGUGGACCUCUGAGAAGAGGACGCAUCGCAGUUUUCGUGGAGGCGAGCGAUCAACCCACAAAUCCCUCGGAGCGAAGAUUCUCUUUGGCGGUGAUCACCAUUGAGGUUUUUGCAACCAUCGAUGAUCAGGCAAUUGAUUUUGUGGGUGCUCCGUACGAGUUUUGGGUGGGUGCGAAUACCCCACUGGGAACUUCGGUGGGUCAAGUGCGCACCACUCUGAUUUACGAUGGAGAGGAUGAGAUAAUGUACGAUCUACUACACACUUAUUCAGAGGGAGUUCCCUUUGCCAUCGAGGAGAGAUCGGGAAUUAUCACAGUCAUUCGAGAGUUAUCAGAGUUCAAAAGGAAAGUCUACCAGUUCGAAGCGGUGGCUAAUUAUCUCUUUGCCAACUCCACGCAAUCGUUGGUCAUGUCGCGUAGUUCAUCUCCUUUGACCACAAUCGCCUCGCCAGCUGAACUCAGCGAUGAAGGUGUACUCAUCACCAAUCUUACCAUCCAUAUUGUUAACAAGCCAGAGCAAAAGGUGCCACUGAGACCUGUUAUAGAAGAGAUCAACAUGAAUGUAAUAAACUUCCAUGUGGAGGAGAACGUAGUGGGUGGCAUCAUUGGCCAACUCCUGUACAAGAAUGGCGUCAAUCUGGUGAACAACGAUCUGGGAACCUUCCGUGAAAUGCCGCCGGAGGCCACUGGUAGAAAUCUCACCACGGGCAGCAGAUUCCGCAGCAGAAACCGGAGUCGCAGCUCCAAGUCGAAGCGUCGAUUACCAAGACGUUUGGUGGGGGAUACGAAUCUGAAGCUGCGCUACAUCAUUGCCAACCAGCAGGAGGUGGUCAACAAGAUCUCCAUCACGGAGGAUGGCACUCUACUUACGCUGAUCGGAUUGGAUCGAGAGCAGCAGGCCAACUAUGAGCUCACCGUGAUUGUGGAGUACAGCACGGGAUUGGUGAGUGGAGCGGGGAUCUACCAGGUCAACAUCAAGGUGGACGAUGUCAACGAUAAUGCCCCUAAGUUCAAUGGAUUAACCUAUGUGGGUCUGAUCAACGAGAACUGCGCUGUGGGCACAGAACUCUCCAUGAAUCAUGCGAUUCUAAUUCAGGAUGCUGAUGAGGGAGUCAAUGCGGAGUUCAGAGUUCAACUUCAAGGGGAUUACAGUGAGGAGUUCAGCAUAGAGUAUGUGAAUAGUAGUUCUGCGGGAUCACCGAAUGCCACCCAACACAAAAUGCCAUCCACAACGGGCGCUUUCAAUAUCUUCAACUUGACCGAUCAGUGGAACGAUGAGUUCAAGUACCAGGAACUGCACACCACCUUCAUGCAGACGAACUUCAAGCUCAGUUCGGGUCCUUAUUUCCGGGUAUCCUACACAGGAAAGAGGGGAUUGGAUCGCGAGAAACAGCAGUUGUACAACCUGAAGAUCAUUGCCGCCGAUUCCGGAGGCCUUUCGGGUUAUGCUCAUCUAACUAUCCUGGUAGCCGAUGUCAAUGAUAAUGCUCCGAUGUUCGAGCGCAUCUCGGUGUUCAAGGAUUCCCGUUUGGAGAUCAGAGAGUACACCACCGACAUGGAGAUCUACUUCGUGGAGAGCUCGAGUGGCUUGGCAGCUCCUCAGGCAACGGCGGCCAUGAUGCUGGCACCUCCUCCCUAUCACAUUCCCGGUUCACCGAGGUUUUCUCCAGAUCGAGAGAGAUCGGUGGGUGGAGGAUUGGGAGUGGUGGCAAGAGCGAAAUCCAGACGCAGAAUGAUUCGAGCUGUUUCUGUUAAGUGCCCUCUGUUUGCCAUCUAUGAGGACACGCCGGUGGGCACGAAGGUCCUUCAGCUGAGCGCCAGUGACGAGGACUUCGGCAAGAAUGCCCAACUUCACUACGAACUUCAGGGAGAGCAGGUGGAAAGGACACCAGGAAUGCCUAUGCUGCGGGUUCAGGGAGUGCGGUUCUUCAACAUCGACAAACUCAGUGGCGAACUAUCUGUGAAUUAUCCUUUGUCAGCUAAUAUAGAAGUGUGGUUGAACCUAACUGUGACCGAUAUCGAUGGUCUACGGGAUUCCACCUGCCUGCGUUUCACGGUAAUGGAUGUGAAUAAUCACGCACCCACCUUCAAGAAAUCCUGGUACAGCUUCGAUACUCCGGAAGGCGAGUACAAGGAUAGUGUCCUGGGUCAACUGACUGCCAUCGAUAUGGAUUUCGGGGAGAAUGCCAACAUCACGUACAAGCUUAGUGAUCUGCAUUUACCAUUCACUAUUAAACCAGCUUCUGGAGUGCUGAAGAUAAGCGGAAUUCUCGAUCGAGAGGUGAAGGAUAAGUACAGUUUCCAGGUGAUAGCCACGGAUAAUGCUCCUCCGAUGCAGAGGAUGUCCAGCAGCGUGGACGUGGAGGUGAAUGUGCUGGACAUCAACGACAAUCGACCCGAGUUCAUUGGCUACGAUGAUCAAACGAAGGCGGUCAAGUUCAUACCAAAUGUGGCAGAUCGCACGAUGAUGUUGCCGGUUUAUAAGGCUUAUCUGGAUAGGAGCACCCAACCGGGAACCUUUGUGAGGCAACUCACAGCUAUAGACAAGGAUAAUGUGGGCAAUGGCAACGGGUUGGUUCUCUACUCCAUUCGACACCAGGAAAUGCAGGCGCCGCUCUUCCAAAUCGAUUCAAGGGAUGGAACCAUCUCCACAAUAUCUCGCAUUAAUGGUUAUAAUGAUUAUGAACAUCUGAACGUUUCGGUUAUAGCCUCCGAUGUGGGAAGUCCCACUUUGUCAGCCACGGCAAUUGUGAUAGUGAAUCUCCAGGGACAGGCGGUCACGGAUCCUCCGAAAUCCACGCCCAAACCAGAACCUCCGGCGAAUGUUUCCGUAUUCCAGCAUGCUUAUUACGAAGUGAAGCUCACGGAGAACAAUGAAGCACCCAUCGAGGUGAUGCGACUUAAUUUGAGUGCUGGUCUCAAUCCGGAGAACUAUCGUUGGUCCCUGUGGCUGGAGGAGGGUCUGGAUGAAACGGAUGCCCAUCCGCCCUUCGAAUACGAUGCAAAGAAUAUGCUUCUGUACGCCUUGAAACCCUUCGACAGGGAGCACAUUUCCCGCUACCAGUUGAGGAUUCGAGCGGAUCGCUUGAGCAGGGAGGCCAGGAACUACGCUAAGGUCUCCUAUCCAGUGGUGGAUGAGCGGAUAGAGGGUCUCUCCCUGAACGAGUGUCGAAUACUGGUGCACAUUGCGGAUGAGAACGAUAAUGCACCCAAGUUCAAGGGAAACGGACAACCAAUUGUGGCUGUUCUGCCGCAGAGUGCCAGCUUUGGUUACCCGGUAACCCGGGUGGUGGCCACCGAUCUGGACGAGGGACUCAACGCCGAGAUUCGCUAUCGUCUGCUGAACGAACCGACUCGACUCUUUGGCAUCGAUGAGCAGUCGGGUAAUAUCCGGCUUUUGGGAGAUCUUUCCCGCGACGAAUGCAUCUAUGGCUUCGAUGUGAAGGCCACCGAUCGCAUGGGUGACGAUGAUGGACGGAGUGGCAUUGUCAACGUGUUCGUCUACAUCAUCGAUGAGGCCAAGCAGGUGCGUUUGGUGGUAGCCGGAGUUCCCGUCGAGGUGGAACGCCGCAUCGAAGGACUAAUGGAGGCACUGAGCGAUGCCAUCGGCAAGGAUGUGCGGGUCCGACUGCUGGAGCCCUAUUCUGGAGGACUCGAAGCGGCCACCAAUGCCUACAUAUAUGCCGUCGAUCCGCACACGAAUUCCAUUAUGGAAAUGGAGCAACUGCAGGAAGCCCUGGCUGGCCUCCAACUGGAUGCACUGCAACUGCAGCAGCAGAAACUCGACGGAGGAAAGCCCAUGCCGCGCAUCAUCGAAUUGGCCGAGUUCGGUCAGUCGGCUCGACCCACUCACGCCUCCGUUUCGGGCUUCAUGGGAGGACUGGAGUUUGUGACACUGGUGCUGCUGGCCCUGAUCAGUUUGGGGGCAUUGAUAGCCGCCUGUUGCUACCUCUGCAUGCGCCAAAAACGACGUCUCUGGUCCCAGCGAGACUUCUCCUCCUCGGACGCGGGGCUCACCUACACCAUCGCGGGAAUCGGAUCCCCGCGGGGCCAGAAGCAGCGACGCCAGCGGCAGCAGCGGCACACGCAGCGGUGCAGCAAGGGCAGCAGCAGCGGCAGCCAGCGACCCACCAGCGCCUUCAUGCCGGAGUCCGUCUGCUCCUCGGCGCAGACGCAGUCGACGGCCACGGCCACCGAGAAACUGGAGCAGCAGUUGCACCACCACCACCAGCAGCAGGCAAUGGCCACGCAGCAGCAGCACCACCAGUUCCUCAACGAGCAGCAGCGCCAGCAGCAGCGGGAGUACAUCGACGUGCCCCUGCCCAAGUCCAUUGCCAAGGCCUCUGCGGUGGCGGCAAGUGGGGGAGAUGGCGGGAGCGGUGGUGCAGGCAGCACUCCGUUCGUGCUCAAGUACAACGCCUGCCAGCCGGUGAGCAACCUAAAUAAUUACGAAACCUCGCUGUUCUCGCUGCACUCGACGGGUCAGGACUCUGGAGUGGAGUUCUUGAGCAGCCGCGAGUUGUACGAGACCUCGCCGGAUUCCUUUCAACACGGCGGCUCCAAGCGCAGCAAUCCGGAAGUACUCUGUCCCAGGCAUGCCAAGGCCCACAUGGAACUGCGUCAGCCUCAUCCAAAUACAGACAGCAGUGACACCUACGAGGACUCGCUGAAGACCGACGAGCCACUGACGGCUCACAACUGCCGCAGUGCGAACUGCGAGCAUCGCCAGCACCAGCACCACCCGAACCACCAUCCCCACUACCAGAACACGCGGUUCGAGAAGCGCUCCUGCGUGCGGCACUCCUUCUCCGGGGUCAAGGACGACCUCAUGCAGCACUCGCCGCAGAUCUCGCUGCGACCUCGGGGCCACGCCCUCCGGAACUCGAUGAACGACCUGGAACAGAGGCUCCACAACCUCGAGCAGUCCUUCCGCCGGCCGCUCGAAUUUAGCAAAUCGAAUUCAUUGUUUUAGAAUUUUUAGCUAGAAAGAAACGCAGUGCAAUUUAUAGCAUAGUCAGCUUAGAUUAGAUGUUAGUCCGUAAGAAACCAGUGCAAUAAAUCUGAGAGAUUUUAAAGAA